CUGAGCCUGCGGUCCCGGCCGCGCAGUCAAAGCCGUGUGAGAACCCGGUGGAUGCUGGAGUCAUCCCCGCCGCCGCCGCCGCCGCUGCUGCUGCUGCUGCUGAAUCUCAGGGGCUGCCAGAGCAUGGACUAUUAAAAACUUGCAUUUCUGCAGUGUGAGGUAAUAUUUUAAUUCCAAUAUGGGAAAGCAAAACAGCAAACUACGCCCUGAAGUCAUGCAAGAUUUGCUAGAAAGUACAGACUUUACAGAACAUGAGAUCCAGGAGUGGUACAAAGGCUUCUUGAGAGACUGUCCAAGUGGACAUUUAUCUAUGGAGGAGUUUAAAAAAAUAUAUGGAAACUUUUUCCCUUACGGGGACGCUUCUAAGUUUGCAGAACAUGUAUUUCGCACUUUUGACGCCAAUGGAGAUGGAACAAUAGAUUUCAGAGAAUUCAUCAUAGCCUUGAGUGUAACGUCAAGAGGAAAACUGGAGCAAAAGCUGAAGUGGGCAUUCAGUAUGUACGACCUCGACGGGAACGGCUACAUCAGUAAGUCAGAGAUGCUGGAAAUCGUGCAGGCAAUUUAUAAGAUGGUUUCUUCUGUAAUGAAGAUGCCGGAAGAUGAGUCAACACCAGAGAAGAGGACCGAGAAGAUCUUCCGCCAGAUGGACACCAACCGUGAUGGAAAGCUCUCUCUGGAAGAGUUCAUCCGAGGCGCCAAGAGUGAUCCAUCCAUAGUCCGUCUCCUGCAGUGUGAUCCCAGCAGUGCCGGGCAGUUCUGAACCUGUCCUUUGGAUGAAUUAUGUAUCUGCUUUUUUUUUUCUUGCCAAACAACAUUCAUGGUAGUGUUGCCUCUGUGUGGCCAAUUAUGCCUUCAUUUGUGGCAUCUUAUAGCUUCUUUUGUUGUGGGUUAAUUAUAAGAAUGCUGAAUUGCUCUUAACAAUUUGUCCAGAGCACGGGCAGUACUGUUUUAAACAGAUAUUGUGGUGUUACCAUUGUUUUUAAAAUUUCAUUUUGUUUUUUUUUUUGUUUGUUUGUUUGUUUGUAUCUGUUUUGGAAAGUAAGUGUUGAGGAGGAGUAAACCAAUAACAAACCCCUUGGCAGCAAGACACACUGACAGAUUUUAGAUUGCUGCUUUAGUUGUUAAGUAUUCACCUGCAGGACCUGAAAGUGUAGUAAGGCUGAACCAAAGGGGUUGUGAUGGGUGGGGUAGUAAUCACCUGGAACCUCCUCUCCUGUCCAGGACGCACCAGUUAAGGUCAAAGACAGGACUGGGAAGAAGUAUGAAAGUGCAAAACAUGUGCUGGGUGUAUCAUCCACUCUUAUGCCUCAUCGUUUCAAUGCUGUGAACACUUUCCAGGUUGUGAAGGAGAAGGGACAAAAUGAAGGCUGACAUUUUUUUGCUAGGUUUACAGUGGUUGAAGUCAUAUGGCUUUAUCUGAAAAUUCAGCAAUUUGCAAUCCUGAUCUCCAAAUCCACAACUGACAAUACCUCUUGCCGUUUGGGAUCAGCAAAAGCAGACACAGAUAUGAAAAACUGGGUCUUGACAAUGAAUUUAAGGGAGAUAAAUGUUGAAUGUGAAGUUUUCAGGUUAGUAAUGAAGUAGUUGCUACUAAGGAGAGUGGGCAUUCACGUGAGGAACUCAUGGAACCUGCAAGCAGCUCCAUCUAAGACACAUUGCUGUUAUGAAUGCUCUUGCAUAGCAGGAAGUUUUGGGGGUGUUUUUGUCUCUCUCCAUGUAGCUAACAGAGUUUCCGGGCCUGCUCUUAGGGGAAGGCUGUCAUAACAACUUGUUUUAAACAUAAAAUUGUAGCAUUUAUAUUUCAUUUAUUUUAGUAAAGUUCAAAAAAUCUGUACUGAAAUGAGGAAAUGGUACGCUUUAUGAUAUAUUUAUAUAUAUAAAAAUUAAAACAAAAAAAGAUCAACUCUUGAGAGAAAUGUUGAAUGUUUAUCUUUUCGCCUAGAUGCAGGAGUUCUGAAAUUUGCUGCUGCAAAAUUUUAUCCUUUGGUCAAAAUUGCUGUAUGCAAAGCUAGUACACACAUGUGGGAUUUCUUAGGGACUUUACAAGUGCUGUUGCAGAAGAAAAGCUGGAAAAGCUGUAGCAACAGGAGGCAUUAUGCUGACUAAAUUGGUAUUAAUCAGUCAUUAGCUGAAGUCUGCUUUGUGAUCCUGUUGGAGAGGUACCCAUGCAGGCAGCGCACGGUGUUGGGAAUUCAUGAGCUCAUUAGAGUAACCUUUGUCUGACAGGCAAAGUUGGAAUUUUGUCAAGUGACCUUGUAGAUGCUAAUCCCCAGUAGCCUUAAUAAAUAAACCAAGUAAAAUAAGUCUGCUUUGCAGAUGAUGAUUAGCUAAGUACUAAUUAGAAGUCAUGAAUAAGUAGUUGAGUAUAAACAAUCUUCUGUGGAACACUAGCUAGCAUGUACAAUAACUGACAGAAACAGUCCUAUAUUUAAUUUUUCCAUACCAUUUGCUUUGCCAGGUGUGAAGUGCAAAGCAUGUUAAGAGAAAAUAAAAGUAAAUUGAAAAUAACAUUGUUAAUCAGCUGUACUAAAAUUUUUAUGAGUGGCUAGUGACACUCAAAAAAUGUCUUCAAGCACACACCUUUGUCUCAAACACUCACAGAAAUCCAGUUGAUGGUAUAUUUCCAUUGCAUUCAUCAAAAUACUGAGCUGAGAUGAGUGUGGGAAAAUAAGAAAGCAAAGUAGGCCCAACCAAAACACAAACAGAUUUUAAUAUCCAGUGCUUUCAGGUGUUAUGAGCAAUACUGGCAAGUUUUGCACCAGUUCUUCUGGCUGAUGAAAAUGUUCCCUCUCUCCUUCUCCCAAAUCUUCCUUAGACACCAUGUGCACAAAUCUAACCCUUCAAAGGAGAGUCUAUGCCUACUUUCUUCAAGGUAAUUUUCUGCUUUACCUGGAGAGGUUCUGGCCCUCUCUCCCAUAUCCAUCACCCAUGUAUUUUGAAAGUCAUGUUCUGUCUUGAGUGCUUUAGGGUUGUUUUUCAGCAGGAGAAGCCUGGCCAGACUGCUGGGGAUCGUGGAAGGAGGGUCAGUGGGCAUGCACUGAUCAACACCCCUCUCUGCCAGAUGGAAAUGACCAGUGCCGCCACCCCAGCCGCUCCAGGGGUGCUCCAUCACCACCCCUGUGUGGGCAGGACAAGGUGACACCAGAGGAUCCCUGCUGAACUUCCAACCUCCCAGCUCAGUGCAGGCACCCACGUCCAAAGCAGCCCAGACCUGUGGAAGCUGGCAUUUACUGAAGGUGAACUCAGAUACCUUCUAUAGUUCCAUCUUCUUCUUAAUGCAGUGAAAGCAGUUGCAUGUGACCGAAGCUUUUAAAACGUUGCCUUUUAUUUAAGUGACUGCAUACCACCUCUUUUUCAUUUUACAAGAUGCUUCUGGCUCAGAACCUAAUCUCUCUGUUUUUGCUCAGUAGUUUUGGGGUGUUGGGGCCAGGCUCGCCUCCCGUGUUACUCCUGUACAACACGUGCUUGAAAGCACAACCUGUGCUCUGACCCCAGGCCAGCAGAGAUGUAAUGCUUCCCACAGUUCACAGAAUUUGAAAUAAUAAGAAUGAGCUUACAGCUGCAGAGGAUAUAGCUGCAGAUAAGGCUUUUGUAUAAACAUUUACAGAAUGAACUAAGGUUAUUCUUUUACCUGACUGCCACUGAUGAUUGGUGUUAUUUUAAAUUAUUAACUAUCCCUUUCUUCCUCUGCCUCUGCAUGUACUUAAGGAGUGAUUCAUAGCUGGAGUUGUGAUAGGAACAUCUGCAGACCUCAGAUCAGCAGGACAGCAGUGGUGUGCUGCACCUCAAAUUGAAAUUUUCUGCUUUGCUGUCAUUUGCAUUUGCAAUCAGAGCUGCCUUCAUAAAGCUUUUGAAGGCAAAGUGGUGUAUCCUGUAUAAAAUAGCAUAGCAAGUCAGACACUUUUGGGUGAUUCGCUAGCAGUAUCUCCAUACAGGAAGGAUGGCAGACAGCACAUACUAUUUCAUAUGACUUCUCAAUUUUGUAGAUGCAUUCUCUAGUUUCAGCUGCAUGUGCAAGAGGCAGCCUUCACUCAUGCAUUGUCCAAAGGAAUUAAUGAGUGCAUCCCACAUGCAGACUGAACUCAUGGAAAAUGCCAGUCCCAUUUAUCUGACGUUCCCAGUCAGCUUGUCAAACUCUGGGCCAGAAGAUGUGAAGUGAGGACUAUGACUUGGGAGUUUUGGAGUAGCCUCUCUUUGUUUUAGCAUGCUUUGGGAAAGGAAAAGGGAACACAACCCUUGUAAAACCAACACAUAUGUUUUUGUGAGCACUUAGAGUUUGAAAAGGUCUAAAGAAAUGUUCAUGUUUCAACAUUAUUUGAAGCCCUGUCAGUUCACAGCAGUGAUGUUCCUGAGGUUCCCAGAGCUUUGCUGUUCCCUUGCUGUUCUUAGGAGCUUGUAGGAUUUUUAUCUUGUUGCUGGCACAUUUUGUCCUUGUUGUUCUGUGUUGUAAGGCAUGACCUCCACAUUUGCGGCUGCUUAAAACAGUAAGCCAGAAGUGUGUUCAUUUUGUAGCUGGACGAGGUCUGUGUGCACAAGUGUUGCACACCAGCACAGAAAGUAGUCAUACAUGACCAAGUCCCCAUGGUUUGAACACUGCCCCUGGGGAGCGAGCCGCAGGACUUUUCAGCUCUCUUCAGUGAUGGCAGAAGUGCAGUAAUGCAGCUUAGCUUAAUUUUCUUUCACUGCAGACCAUGUUAAGUCGCAUUACUGUGCAUUUGCUGUGGGCAGAACCUUGUCUCAGCUGACUCAUGGAAACUUGGUGAACGGUGGUAACUUGGUGUUGAGCCCUAAUCUGCAGACUAAGCUGAGAUGAGAAGAUGGCCUUGGCCAUACAUCUCCGUCCAUGUGAACCAGAGAACACGGUGACACCUGGCAGGUCCCUGGGGACAUGUGACAGUGAGAAGGGAAUCUCCUGCCUCAGAACAAAUGCCCUGAGCUGAGCUGCCUCCUUCUUUUAAAACUCUCUCUUCUUUUAGCACCGCUGGUGUAGAUGCAACACAGUAGCAAUAUAGCAGGUCAGGAUUGAGGAGGGAUCCUUCAAGAGUUUCCCUUUGCAGUUUAGUCUACAAGGGCCAAGUGAAACAAUUGGAGGGAAGGGCUGGACAAGUCUUCCUGAACACCCUGUACACCAGCACCUCCUUUUGUCUUUCUCAUGGUGCUCCCUUGGUUUCCUGGCAUGGCAGUCAUUGGGCUCAGGAGUUAGAUGUUGGGUAGCUGGUGCAAGACUGGUGGAGAAGAAUAUUUCACCUGCCCUUUGCAUAAGCAUUUGGAUGCAUUCUUUGCGGGAUCUCAUGUAGUAGCCUUAAAGUGGGGAAGCUCCUUUUCUUGCUAUCAUGGGCAGAACUUGUGCUUAGAAAUGUAGAGAAACUUGGCAAGUGCCAGAUAGCUGAGCAGUGCUCAGAGCUGCAUGCAGAGUUUUCCACUGAUUGUGCAGUAGGCAGAUAAGAUAAACAGCAGUGAUACAUCAGACACGUGGUGUGAUGUGUUUCCAGAUAGGGCUUGACUAGAAAUGGCACCUUCUAUGUGAGCAGCUCUGUCUGCUGCGUAUUCUGUCAGAGGUGCUGACAAAAUAUACUCUAAAAUUAAGCAGCAGAGCUGUUCACUGUACCCCAGCAGGCACUGAACAAACAGCUCCCAGGAUGAGCACAAGGCUUUCCCUGAGUGCAGCUGAGGACAAAACAUUGCCUGUAGGAGUUCAUUCCCGGUCAUGGCAGAAAAGAAGAAGGGAGAGCUCCGUUGACUCUCAAAGCCCAGGUGUCACUUUGCAGGCUGGGGAAGGUGGAAAGAACAUCUGUGUUUUAAGCAUAUAGAAAAUAGAGCAGGAAUUGUAAAUUGGCAUGGAAAUCAGUGGUAUUAGAAACCAGGACCACUGCUGAGGGACUGCAAAAGCCAUUAGGUGCCUCUGGCCUUCAGAGUAGUAGAAGCAUCAGUUGGAUGCAUAGUCAAUCUCCUUGUCCCUUGCAGAAACUAUCCCUGUCUACUAUGGGUAUCUCAACAGCAUCCCUUAUUCCAUCCUGGCUUUUGCUGCUGUUGUUUCCAAAUUAUCCACACUGAGAAGUUGUUUCAGGGGUGAGGAUUUUCACAGCAUAAGGUAUAAACCUUUUCAGAUGUACUGUCCAUAUCUUAACAAGCUGGAAAAGCCAGAUGCAGGGGGCUUCUUGCUAGGUACAGGUUUGAUUUUCUCAUUGUUUCCCAUAGGUUGUGUUAUUUUAAUAUGUAGUUGGGAUUAAGCUAUCGCCUGUAAAAUGCUGGUUAAUGCACAAUAAGCAAAGCAAAAAAAGAGUGUGAGUUGUAGUGAACAAUGUGAAAAGACUAGAGAAAUGAAAAACUGCAAAAGACAUCCCUGCCUGUAGCCCAGGGUCUGAAUUUGCACAGUGAAACCCUCUUUGCAGUAGCCAGCACAGAACAGCUCCUCUAUGCCAGCCCAGUCCGUGGUACCUCCUGGGCUGCUUCAGCCCCAUGUGGUGAGGCUGGGGAUUCUGUGUCCUGCUACAGACAUGGUCAUUUGAGAUUAUUAGGCAGGCUGAAGGCUUCCUAGAUCUUGAGGCACAAAACAGCGACCCACCCUCUGCAUAGGCUUCACUUACUGUGCACCUGACAUGUUUUAGAUCUUCCCCUCUUGCCCUGACCUUAUACCAAAGAUAUUCUCACAUUCCCAGGGUAUGUGCUUAGGGUGUCCAGCUCUCCAGGUCUUUGCAGCCUCCUCCCACCUGCCAUCCCCAGCCUCUGUGUGAACAAAUAACAAUCACCAGCCCUUGACACGUGGAGGAGCCAAGCUUGAUGCACUUAAAUGGAACAGCUUCUGAUUUGGUUCCCAGUCUUUCACCCACCUGUGCUACUACACUAUUUAUUUCCUAUUAUUAAGUAAUGGCAUUAUUAAACAUUUUAAAGGCACACUGAACCUCUGAAACAACAUGGUUUUUAUUAUUGUGUACGUGUUUGUUGAGGCACUGCAGACUGAAUCUUCCCAGUGCUUGGUCUCUGCUCCCCUCCCUUUACUCCACAGAGAGCUGGUUUUUUCCAGGAUGGAGCAGCACCUUCCUAUGCAUCCCUGUGUGGUGCCCAAUCCUGCAGGAGUGCCCAGAUGCUGUGGACCAAGAGAUAAUUUUGGCAUAGUAAUAUCAGGCAGAAACUCUUCCUGCUGUUUCCUCUGGUUUUCUCCUCGCUGGGGACAGGGGUUUCAGCACUGUUCAGGGUUGGCCGCAUGGUUCCCCACCAAAUGGGAUGACAGGAUGAGAAAAUCCUCGUAGAUUCUAAACUUCAUUUGUGCUGCUCUUUGGCUGCACUCAGAGGGAAGAUUAAUGGGUCCAGUGUGGUUGUUUGGGGGAGAACUUGCAGUUCCUUGCCACCACCACUUUUUUAUUUCCUGUCAUUAUCUUACUCCCAUUUCCAGGGCAGCCAAAUAGUUUUUUAUUAGUAUCUGGAAGAAAAAAAACAAAUCCAGGGUUUCAAUCCAAUGAGGAUCUAAGAAAGGUUACUUAAGACAUCAUGCUCAAUGUUAGUCAUAAGAAUGCUCCACAAAAUCAUGUUUCUUUGGUAUUUCAUGUUUCAUUUUCUUAUUCAUGUUUUAGGCGUUUGUGAUUUAUUCCGGUUUUUUGGAUCAUCUUAGAUUCAGCCCUGCUGGUCCUUCAGCUCUUAUGCAGAAGUCCCAAUGAUCCCAAGAGCAGAGCUGACUGAGCAAUUACCAGAGAGGUGGGCACACCGUGCCUGGUAAAAAUGAAGAGCUUAAUUACAUUAGGGAUUAUUUUUGUCCACACUUGCUUCAAGGAGACAGAUUGAGCUGCAUUUCAAUAUGUUUAUCUCUUCCACUUGCUCACUUCAAUUCCAUCCAAGCAGCCUUGUAGUUAAUAUUUGUAUAUUCAGCAUUAUUUUGCUCUUGAGCCUGAAGUGACCAAUAUUGUCCUACUCUGACAGGAGUACUUAAUACCUUUUGAUUUUUAAAUAUUGCCGAGUGAGUGAUGUGAUGGAUGCAAAAGUACUCACUCAUUUGUAUGCUGGCUCUGGCUGUGAUAGGGUUAAUUUUCCUCACAGUAGCUAGAAUGAGGAUAAGUUUUGGAUUUGUGCUGGAAACAGUGUUAACAGAGGGAUGUUUUCAUUAUUCCUGAGCAGUGCUCACAUGGUGUCAAGGACUCUUCUGCUUCCCACCCCAGCCCAUCAGCAAGGGAACCUGGGGUGCACAAGGAGAUGAGAUGGGAUACAGCCAGGACAGCUGACCCCAACUGACCCCAGGGAUAGUCCAGACCAUAUGGUGUCAUGCUCAGCAUAUAAAGAGGUGGGGGGAAGAAGGAGGAAGAGGGUGAUAUGUUCAGAGUGAUGUCAUUUGUCUUCCCAAGUCACCACUACCUGUGGUGGAGCCCUGUUUUUCUGGGGAUGACUGAGCACCUGCCUGCCCAUGGGAGUUGUUGAAUGAAUGCCUUGCUGUGCUUGUGCAUUGGGCUUUUGUGUUCCUUAUUAUCUCAACCCACGGGUUUUCUCACUUUUACCCUUCCAAUUCUGCUCUCCAUCCCACUGGAAGGGAAUGAAUGAGUGGAGUUGUGGGACUUAGUUGCUGGCUGGUAUUAAAUCGCAACAAUUCGUUCAAAUUUGGGCAGAUAUUUUUGAUGCUGUAGAAACUAAUAAAUUGAGAUAAAAACAUGGCCAAGAGCUGAAUGGAUCAAAGUGUCCAGUUCCUAUUUAAGUCCAUAACCAUUCCACAGGGAGAGCUUUCUCUGUUCCCUCAGGCUGUUGCCUCAUUGCAGCAUAGAGUAGAGAUAAAUCGAACUUUUAAUGAUCUACUAUGAGCAGAUUCACUGCAGCAGCAUGGAGUUCAGCAUAUCCUGUGUCUUGGCAAAACUAGAUACCUCUCUAGAUGAAUGCUUUGUAAGCAAACCUACAUAUCCUAAGGAAGACUUUUACCAUUCAGAAAGGAGAGGGACAACUAUGAAUUAAAUUAAUUUGGUCCGCUUAUUUUUCUUACGGCUGUCUAGAAUUGCAAAUGUCUUGUGUGUUGUUGCCUGUAGCUGUUGUGAUGUGUUAAUUUCCCCCCCUGGUUCUGUUGUAAGCUCAUCUGGUGGUAUUCUGAGUCUCCAGCUGGUUCUCCGCCAGGCAAAGCCCAUGAGAAGGUCACGUAGAGGCGAGCGGCUUUCAGGCACACCGGGGCAGCUUUUGGGGAUGUGGCCCUGUGCUGUUCCAUGCUUUGGGAGCCUGUACCUGCAGAGCAAAAUGUUAAACCUACCUGGUAAAAUGAAAGUAGAUGAUCAGGCCAUCGAAAGAGACGGAGAAUUUGGUGGAGGGUUGUGUAUUUGUGCCCCCCAGCACGUGCACGGUUCCCCCAGCUAUUAACUUCCAGUUAGGACCUUUCCUGAGCUCUUAGUAUUAGAAUAAAGUUUUCUUAUGCUGAUAAUGUAUUUGUAUUAUGCAAUGUACUCAGAAAACAGAAGAUUAUCUCUCUAUGACUGUCCUCUCCUCUCCUCUCGAGAAGCUGUUCUCCUCUGUACAUAUGAUAUGCAGAAUGUAUGGGAGUCUUACCAGCGUUGGUUUGCAUUUUUAAGACUGUACUAAUUAAUGUGUGAUACUAUUGUGUUUUUGUAGUGGCAUCUUUGAUGUAAGAUGUAAAAACUAUUUAAAACUUUUUUUUUUGUUAUCGUUCAGCUUUUAGAGAUAGCACCAAGGACUGCAUGUUCACUAGAACCAGCCUUUUUCAGGGGCUGUCAUAGCUGCACGCAGGCACUGGUGUUUCACCCAGCGUGUAGCACCUGCGUUCUUCUUUUAAUAGGGGUCAGUUUUGAGUGGAAACUAAUUCUUCCUGAAAAGUCUAGUUUUCUCUUUCCCUCUCUCAGAUUCAAGCUUCCCCCUCCCACGCUGUGUGCCAGCCCUGGCCCCAGGAGGAGACCUGGGAGGAAUGUCUCCUGACCCAGGGCACCCCACUGGCAUCAGGCCCCCUUACCCUGUAGCUCACCCAAUGCAUGCUCCUCAGAACUUCAUUUUCCUUGGAACUGCUGGCUAUGCUAGGACAAAAACGGUGGGCUCACAUUGCAAGACCAUUUGUGCAAGUGACUUUAAAAUGAAUUAACUAAAAUUGGGGGGAAUUAAGGAAAAGAAGAGCCUGAGCAGCAAUUUUAGGGUCAGAAUCUUAUUGGGGUGCUUAAUACAGCAAGAACUUGGGGUCAGUCCCUAAAAGACAGGACCAUUUGGGUGGCUUAGGUCUACAUUUCUUGGCAGGUUUGGAGAGUGAAGUGGGGCUCGGAUCCAGCCUUUCAGGCAGGGUUGACUUACUAGAUGGACUGAGUCUGAGAGAUGCUUCUCCAGAUUGUGUCAUGGGCCAAAAGACAAGACAUGCUGCAGCUUAGGAGUUAUUUUUCUUUCAGGUUUGUUUUUUUUUUCCUUUUUAAUGGAGAAAGCAGUUCAAACUGCACCUGGCAAAAUGACUGACUUCAAAAGCAUGUUUUCUGUUGUUAUAUAGACACUCACAAAACAGCAUUGUAUGGCUAAAAAGGCAUAUUUGUGAUAGUUUCUUUUUGAGUGCCAAAAUAUAUAAGCAGUAUUGUUUGAAGGGAAAUAAGAAUUUUUUUACUGUAUUGUUAUUACUGUUUAACAAAUAUAUUGUUUUUAAAUGUUAGAUUUUGAAGACUUUUGUAUUGUAAAUUGUUUGUGACACGGUGCUUUUUCAUACUGGAAUUACUGAUUGCACCUAAAUAUGAAUUAUUGCUUUCUUAUAUAAAUAUGUGACUUUGAACAAUCUUGAUGAAAACCAAUGUAUGGUGGAUACCAACAGUUCAAAAAAAUUCACCUACUGAAAUCCCCUAAAUGUUCUUUCCUACUAAUAAACAUUCUGCUGCAGCUA